AUGAGCCCGCGCCAGCGGCAGCGCAGAGCCGCAGAGGCCCCUGGCCUCAGGGCGACCCUGAGAAUGAAGGCACAUAAUGUAUGCGUGGUGUUUAGCACAGGGCCUGGCACAGGGCUGGUCCGGGAGUUCGUGGCCCAGAACACCACCAUGCAAAUCAAACAUGUGAUCCAGACCCUGUCUCAGGAGUUUGCCCUGUCUCAGCACCCCCACAGCAGGAAAGGGGGCCUCAUCGGCCUGGCCGCCUGCUCCAUCGCACUGGGCAAGGACUCGGGGCUCUACCUGAAAGAGCUGAUCGAGCCGGUGCUGACCUGCUUCAAUGACGCUGACAGCAGGCUGCGCUACUACGCCUGCGAGGCCCUCUACAACAUCGUGAAGGUGGCCCGCGGCGCCGUGCUGCCCCACUUCAACGUGCUCUUUGACGGGCUGAGCAAGUUGGCUGCUGACCCAGACCCCAAUGUGAAAAGCGGAUCUGAGCUCCUAGACCGCCUCUUAAAGGCUGUGAGAGCAUGGAUGCUCUGGGGACCUCUCCUGCCUGGCUCAGGCUCUACCAUCUUCCCCCACAGCCCCUGGCCCCAAGCAGCUCAUGUGCCUUUGACCCACAGGAUGUCGAGACAGAAAGCAACGGUUCAACCCACUGAGCUUCAUCCCUUUGUUGUAGGAGAGGAUUUAUUCCAACAGGCAGUAUGCCCGGCAGUUCAUCAUCUCCUGGAUCCGUGUGCUUCCCGCUUUGAGGAGCUAAGAGCUCAUCCACCCCAGCCUCUGAGGAGCACUCAUCUGACAAGUGUAUCCCAUCAAGUGUGGUCCUCCUCUGGGUGGGUGACCCAGAGCAGAAGUGGCACUGGUGGAGGCUCCUCCAGCCCUGGCUGGCGUGUGCUGUCUCCCUUCUUCUCUGCUCAUUGGUAGGUGUCAGGUGGUCCU